AGAAUCCGGAAUCAGAUUUUCGAUUCUGUGGGUUUGAAUCAAUCUUCCAGAUCGGUGCAAUGGCAUUUACUACCAAACAGAUGUCUUUGAUCGUAGCAACUUUUGGUAUAUUGUCUUUCAUAUUUGGAGUGGUUGCUGAAAACAAGAAGCCGGCAUCUGGAUCUGCAAUUACAGGAAAAGGUGUUGUUAUUUGCAAGUAUCCAUCGGACCCCACUGUUGUUUUGGGGUAUCUGGCCACUGCUUUUCUUGCUGUCUCGACUGUGGCUGGGUACUUGUCUUUGUUUUACCCUUACAAAGGAAAGUCUAUUCCACAGACUGCUUUGUUCAGAAGCACUAGCUUUCUUGUAUUCUUCAAUAUCGCUUUGGGUACAGCUGGAUUGGCAGCAGCGUUUCUGUUGUGGCCUACAAUAACUGAGCAACUUCACCUUAUCCACAAUGUUCAUUACAACCUGGAAACAAGUUGCCCAACUGCCAAGACUGGUCUCCUUGGUGGCGGUGCCUUUUUAUCCCUUGACGCGUCACUCUUCUGGUUGGUUUCCCUAAUGCUAGCUGAUAAUGCCCGAGAGGACUACUUUGAUGAAGUAGAAUCAGGUGGUAAAGGUGAUCACGGACAUGUUCUUGCCUCUGAUUAUGAUGCAGAUGGAGCAUUAAAGCUAGGUGCCUAAGUGGUGUUCUGUACUUGAAAACACUCUAUAUCUUUAGCUCAUUAGAUUUGCAUUUCUAUUAUAUGCUCAACUAUUGGUAAGAAUUAUCAAACAUUGAAUGGAAUUCAACUCCGCUGUAAAUAUUGUUCCCCACAUAUAUUUUCUGUUUUUACCAAGACUGGUUGUGUGGAUAUGAUUCUAUCUGGUAGUAGACAUGAAUGUCAAGGGUUGUCUUAUACAUUUUCUUUCC